CCACGCCUUAUUUCGUUUUGCGCGUGCCCGGUGGUCUAUACGUCACAGCUGCGCGCCGCCCUUCCUCCUUUCUCUCGACCUGAAGAUGGCGGCAGGGACACUCUACACAUACCCAGAGAACUGGAGAGCCUUCAAGGCUCAGAUUGCGGCGCAGUACAGCGGUGCCCACCUGAAAGUGGCCAGUACGGCCCCUGCCUUCACCUUUGGACAGACAAACCGCACCCCUGCCUUUCUCAACAACUUCCCCCUGGGCAAGGUUCCGGCUUUCCAGGGUGAUGAUGGUUUUUGUCUGUUUGAGAGCAACGCCAUUGCUUAUUAUCUGAGCAGCGAUGCCCUGCGUGGUAGCACUCCUCAGGACAGCGCCCAGGUAUUGCAGUGGGUGAGCUUUGCUGACUCUGAGAUCAUCCCCCCAGCCAGCGCCUGGGUCUUCCCCACCCUUGGCAUCAUGCAGUUCAACAAACAGGCCACAGAACAGGCCAAGGAGGAAGUGAAGCGGGUGCUCACCGUCCUGCAUCAGCACUUGAACACCCACACCUUCCUGGUGGGGGAAAGGGUCAGCCUGGCAGACAUCUCUGUGGUGUGCUCUCUGCUGUGGCUCUACAAACAGGUUCUGGACCCUUCAUUCCGUCAGCCCUUCCCCAAUGUGACACGCUGGUUUGUGACCUGCAUCAAUCAGCCCCAGUUUAAAGCUGUCUUGGGGGAAGUCAAGCUCUGCGAAAAGAUGGCUCAGUUUGAUGCCAAGAAGUUUGCUGAAAUGCAGCCCAAGAAAGAUGCCCCUAAGAAGGAGAAGGGAGGCAAGGAGGGAGGCAAACCGCAAGAGAAGAAGGAAAAGAAGGAGAAGAAGGAGGAGAAGAAGGCUCCUGCCCCAGCUCCAGAGGAGGACAUGGACGAGUGUGAGGCUGCCCUGGCUUCAGAGCCCAAAGCCAAGGACCCUUUUGCACAUCUGACCAAGAGUCCAUUUGUAUUGGAUGAGUUCAAGCGCAAGUAUUCCAACGAAGAUACACUGACUGUGGCUCUGCCCCACUUCUGGGAGCACUUUGACCGUGAGGGUUACUCCAUCUGGUAUGGGGAAUACCGCUACCCCGAAGAACUGGCCAUGACGUUCAUGAGCUGCAACCUGAUCACAGGAAUGUUCCAGAGACUGGACAAACUGCGCAAGAACGCUUUCGCCAGCGUCAUCCUCUUCGGCUCGAACAACGACAGCAGCAUCUCUGGCAUCUGGGUGUUCAGAGGACAGGAUCUGGCUUUCACGCUUUCUGAAGAUUGGCAGAUUGACUAUGAGUCAUAUGAGUGGCGUAAGCUGGAUGUGGACAGCGACGAGUGCAAGACCAUGGUGAAAGAGUACUUUGCAUGGGAGGGAGAGUUCAAACAUGUAGGCAAGCCUUUCAACCAGGGCAAAGUCUUCAAGUGAGAGGGCCCUGUGUUUCUCUGUUACUCCUAUCCCAGUAUCCAUCAACACCUCCAUCUAAGGACAUGCAUCCACCAAAUAGCCCAUCGCGACCAGGGGAAGUGGGGAGGGGGGUGUCUACUGAUACCGGAGACGGCUGUGUAGCACCAAAGGAUGUUUGCCUAAAGAAAUAAAAAACAAUAUUUUCAAGAACCGUA